GGAGUUGACCUCAAUCUGUUUUCAUUCCAGUGUGAACCUUCUGUCAUGAGAGUUUUUGUGAGGCUUAUCGCGAGGAGGACUGUAGUGAUAUAUUAACCUUUAGGCAUAGAUGCUCAAAAUCUUGCAAAAUUCACUGAAUGCAAGCUCGUAGACUUUUGGAAACGUGUUUUCAGAGAGACGAACGAUGCAUGAUGACUUUUCCUGUCCCAGACAUAACCUGCCUGUGUGUCUCGUCAUUGUUUGUAUAAUACGCGUGGAACGGGUUAUUCCAUCAGUCAGCUGGUCUGCAUUUGGUAAUAUGACAGUGGAACGGUCGGAAUCUAUAGUUACGUAAGGAUCAAAUGGCUAGUUAUGUAACGAGCAAAAUCCUGUGGCGAGGAAAAACUCAAGCCAGACGAUUGUUACGUCGUUCUAUCUUUCAAAACACCUCGCGUCGAAAUGCUGCGAGAGCCACCGUUGUUGAGCCGAAUAAAGAUGAGAUUUAUAAUUUCAACGAAAGCCAAACAACGAAAAGGAAAUUGCCAGAUAUUGUUCAACCGUUUUCUCAUUUUCUGAGUGAUAAAUUUGGACGAAAUCACACUUAUCUCCGGAUAUCACUGACAGAAAAAUGUAAUCUCAGAUGUACUUAUUGCAUGCCGGAAGAAGGAGUUGAUCUCACCCCAAAAGAGCAUUUAUUAUCUACAGAGGAAGUUAUAUAUCUUGCAAAAUUAUUCAUCAGAAAUGGUGUCGAUAAAAUUAGAUUUACUGGAGGAGAACCGUUGGUCAGACCAGAUAUAUGUGAAAUUUUAUCUGAAUUGAAUCGUUUAAGAACUGGAAAUGAUCCGGCAUAUCAUCAUUUUGAUACAAUGGGUAUCACAACAAACGGGAUUGUCCUUGCAAAAAAGCUUCCUGCUUUAUUAGAAGCUGGUUUAGACAGCGUUAACAUAAGUUUGGAUACUCUAGUUGCAGAAAAGUUCAGCUUUAUUACAAGAAGAAAUGGAUGGAAUCAUGUAGUGAAAAGUAUUUAUAAAGCGGUUGACAGUAAUCUGGACUCAGUUAAGAUCAAUUGUGUUGUCAUGCGUGGACUAAACGACGAUGAGAUAUGUGAUUUUGUUGCAUUAACGCAAAACCUUCCGGUUGAUGUCAGAUUCAUUGAGUAUAUGCCUUUUGACGGUAAUCGAUGGAAUCAGAAAAAAAUGCUUCCCUACAGUGAAAUGCUUUCGCUUAUUCAUCAAAAAUGGCCGGGGUUGGAAAAAAUCCAAGAUCAUGCAAAUGAUACCUCUAAGGCUUAUAAAGUACCGGGUUUCAAAGGACAAAUCGGUUUCAUAACGUCAAUGUCUGAUAAUUUUUGUGGUACUUGUAACAGACUUCGUAUCACUGCUGAUGGAAAUUUAAAGGUUUGUCUAUUUGGAAGCAGUGAAGUAUCAUUGCGAGAUACAAUUCGUUCUAGUAAAGAUGAAUCGGAGAUUAUGAAUGUAAUUGAAUCGGCCGUCAAAAGGAAGAAGAAACAACAUGCUGGUAUGAUCAACAUCGCUCAAUCAAAGAAUCGUCCUAUGAUUUUGAUCGAUUCUUCAAGAAAAUUCAUCCAUAUAUGUAAUAAUCAAUCUUUCAAUCAAAUUAUAUCCACAACAAUUGAUCAAAAAAACACUGAAGUAAAACAUUAUCAGAAAAAAAUGAUUUCUGCGAAGCGGGGAUUUUUUAUGGCGAUGAAACUCCCGAAUAAUGAGAGACGUGCUAAUGCCGCAGGAUCGUUGCGCUAUAUGUCUGGAUUAUCACAUGUUGAUAACAAAGGAAAAGCUGAAAUGGUGGAUGUCAGCAGCAAAGACAAAACGCUUAGAGUCGCUAAAGCCGAGGGACUUGUGAUUCUAUCUAAAAAUGCAUACACUUUGCUUGAACAAAAUCAAAUCCAAAAAGGGGACGUUUUAACAACAGCUAAAAUCGCUGGAAUUAUGGCAGCAAAAGAUUGUUUCCGUAUUAUUCCUCUAUGUCACAAUAUCAUGCUUACAAAAGUAAACGUCGAACUAUCAUUGCACAGAGACGAUUAUUCAGUGAGCAUAACUUCAAUGGCUAAAGCAAUUGGUACAACAGGUGUAGAAAUGGAAGCUCUUACAGCAGUGUCAGUUGCCGCUCUCACUGUUUAUGAUAUGUGCAAAAGUGUGUCUCAUGAUAUCACCAUAACUGACAUAAAAUUAGUGGAAAAAUACGGUGGAAAAUCUGGACAUUAUCACAGAAAAGAGAAAGAACUAGAUGAAUGAAAUAUUACCAGCAAAUUAUGUUGAAUUUUUUACUUCUGAAGUAUUUUGUUUUUGGGGUAACAUUUAAUACAAGAGGGUAGUUGGAUGGUUCCAAAUUUUGGGUGUGAAAUUAUGUGAAGGGUUAAUCGGAAAAUUCACAUACAUUGCUGACAGUAAACCUUGAUUUAUUUUUCAGAAUCAUUUCGAAAAUUAACUGAGGAUAAUUUGUACCAGUACCGAAAUAUUGUGUAUUGAAACCUUUAUUUAUUUCUCACUGCAUAUCCGUAUUUGGCCGUUGUCACAAGGAUUCUUGAACGUGAUAGUAUGACGGUGAUAAAUAUGAAUAACAAACAAAACUUUUUUUCACAAAUUAAUUAUUUGCUGAUUAAUUAAGUUAUAUCUUAUUUUGCCUAAAGAAGGCUAAAUUGAUCUAUGGAAAGGUCACGGAUAUACUCUCUCUAUUUUACACUCCUCAUUUAUAAUUAGUGAGCUUUAUUAUUUCUUAAUUAACGAACAAUUUCUAUCUCUUAUCAUUGUACAUUGUUAUUUUUCGGUAUCUUGAUUUUUAUAUUGCUUAUAUAUAUGCUUUCAAUGUCUUUGUACCUGUUUAGAAAAAGUGCAAUCAGCAUGUAACAAAUUACUAUUAUGUGUGUAUAGUAUAUGUUAUACAGUUGGAUACUUAUCGUGAAGUUUAAAAAUAGUACAUAGGAUCUAAUAAGCGUUCUGUACUGUAUUAUUUACUGAUUAUCCUAAAAAUUCAGCCUUGAUGCAUGACAAAAAUUCAACUAUAUCUGAUGCAGCGUUUCCUAAACUUUCUGGUUUUCUCUGUUUUGGUGAUUUUUGGAAAAACCCGAUGAUGGUUGAUUAACCACUAAUAGAGAAGAAUGAAAACAUGACAAAAAUCUCAGCAAUACAACUUCACACUAAUUGGAUGUCCCAUUUCGAAAAUUGUUAAAAAACAACUGUUGGAUUAAAACCUAUGUCUUUUCUUUUUUGUUCUGAACAAAGAUUUAUUCAGAGAACCACUUUAGCAUAUAAAUCUGGGGUGUGCAACAGGCAGCCAUUGGGCCACAAACCGGCCCACCAAGUCAUUUAGUGUGGCCCUCGUCAACUCUGAGAUUUUUCCCCACUAAGCAUAAAAUUUAUUAAUAAAAUAAUUUAUGUUUAAAAAGGCGCCCACAUGAGUGAAAAUACAUGUUUUAUUUAUUCAACUCUUGUUGCUGAGUUAAAUUUUUCGCCCUUUUGCAUUGUGAGCACAGCUAGGCGUCUGAGGUUGGUCAUAAUUAUGGCCCAGCAACAAAAAAGGUUGCACAUCCCUGAUACAAGUCUUCCAAUGGAAAAAAUUGCCUUUGAGAAUCAAGAUAACUGUAUUACAGCUUGAUCAUGACACUAAUCAGUCUCUUAUCGAAAAUAUCUAAUUGCAUCUGAUAUUGUUAUGCCUUUUUAUAUAGUGGAAUAAUUUAAUGAAAAUGGGCCUAUUUUGAGUUUUGUAAUAUUUUAUUUGUUGAAAGAUAAUGAUUCUUUGCAAUUCUAAUUUUGUUGAUUUACAAAAAAAAAUUUAAUGUUUUUAGUUUUGAUUUGUUCAUUAAUAAAAGUAUAUUUGAAAAUUUUUAUACAUUUUAAAAACUCAUCUCACUAUGUCAAUUUGUGCCAAAUAAUUUAUCAACUACACCGACGUAUUUGUCCGUAUCUAAUCGACAGAUGGAACUUUUCUUUCAGAUUUUUUGAAAUUGACAAAUUUGAUUUUUCGUAGCUGCAAGAAAUGAGGAAACUAAUUAUUCUUUUUUCUAUCGAGAAUAUAUAUUUAAAAACACUUGAA